AUGGUGAAGUGCUGGAAUGGCGGUAAUGGACUACUGGGCAUCCGCCGGCUUUGCUCCGGCGGGUGGGCGCCGAGGAUUUUCCGUCGACGGGAAAAGCUGGUUCGCCGGUGGAACGCGUUUUUCCUUGUGCUCUGCGGAGUUGCUCUGCUAGUGGAUCCUCUGUUCCUCUACAUCCCUCGAAUCAACAGCGUCCAGAACCACUGCGUCGAUUUCGACAGAAGCCUGGCGACAUUUUCCACGGCACUGCGCUCCGUCGUCGACGCUCUCUACUUGAUUCGCAUCCAUUUCCGGUUCCGCACCGCCUUCGCCGCUCCGUCCUCGACGGUUUCCGGCGCCGUCGAGCUGGUAGAAGAUGGGUCCGCAAUCGCCCGCAGAUACUUGUUUUCCUUUUUCCCCGUCGACCUCGUUUCCCUCCUUCCAUUCCCUCAGGUGCUAGUUAUGGUAGCUUGGUUCAUGAAGAAGGCCAGGGGAUCAGGAACCUUGACGGCGAUUACAGCACUGCAGCUGGGGGUUUCCCUUCAAUUGGUACCUAGGGUAUGCAGAAUCUACCAGCUGAAUCAGGAAGUGAUCAAGACUUCCUAUGCCAUAAAAAAAGGUGCAAUUGCUAGGACUGUCAUGACCAUCUUUCUUUACGUUGCUGCUGCUCAUGUCAUAGGAGCGUUCUGGUACUCACUAUCCAUACGCCGUCAAAUGGAUUGCUGGCGAGCAGCCUGUGAUAGUCAAACUAGUGGCUGUGUUUACAAUGCGAUAUUAACUUGUGGGAAUGACGGAAACUCUCCAAUGAAUAAUAGCUCAACAUCAGUGCUUCUGGAACAGAGUUGCCCCACAGGUUCAGGAGUUGCAGGAGGUUAUUUGCAGAUUAUCAACUAUGGGAUGUUCGCAGAUGCAAUUAACUCUGGUGUAUUGAAGUCAUUGCAUUUCGAGAGGAAGUUGCUCUACUGCUUUUGGUGGGCUCUCCAAAGUCUCAGCACUUUAGGUCAGAACAUCAAACCAAGCCUGGACAGUACUUGGGAGAUAUGCUUUGCAAUCGGGAUUUUCAUUCUUGGGUUGUUCUUAUUUUCUCUUGUCAUCGCUGUCAUUCAGACAAGGAUUCUAACCACGACGAUACGAAUGGAGGAGAUGAAGAUGAAAUGGGAAGAUGUGGAGAAAUGGAUGUCUUCCCAUUUUGUCCCUCAAGAGUUAAAGAGGCGAGUCAGGCGACAUGAAGAGUACAGAUGGCGAAGGCAACAGGGCGUCGACUUCCAUGAUCUGCUACGCAGUCUUCCCAAGGACCUGAGAAGGGACAUGAAGCGCCAUCUCUGCCUGAACUUGAUCAAGAGAGUACCAAUGCUGGAGAAGCUGGAUGAGAGAAGACAGGAGGAGGUGUGUGAGCGAUUGAGGCCAGUUCUGUACACAGAAGGAAGCUGCAUCAUCCGCGAAGGAGACCCGUUGGAGGAAAUGCUUUUCAUUGUCAGGGGAAGUAUGGAAUCGUCCAAAAGUACCUCCGGAGUCUUCUUCAGUAGUGAAAUCCUCGAAGGUGGCGACUUCUAUGGCGAUGAAAUCCUUAUAUGGGCUACACUAACAGUAGCAACUACUUGUAGUUCUUCCUUGCAGCAGCGGCCUGCAGUUUCGUCCAGCCUAAUGAAGCUCCCCGUUUCCUCUAGCACUUGCAUUACGCUUACUGAAGUUGAAGCCUUUGCCUUAUCUGCUGCUGACUUGAGGUCCUCUGUCACUAAUAUUGCUUCUGAGCUUCAAUUGAAAGAUCCAAUUCGUUGGAGGUCGAUUUGA